AUGGGGCCGAUGAAAUAUAAGUCAAGGGUGUCCUCGGUGUCCUGUGGUCUGCAGUAUCACCAUUCCUUGAUAAAGUGGAGUCCGAAAAUGAAUGUACACGUAGUGCGAACUUACUGCUCAUCAGCACCUAAGAGGCCUGAAGCCAAGUCUGCAGUAGAAAUGGCCGUGAGUUUUCUUAAUCGGCUGACAGAAACGGGGACUGUUCUGGGAAGAAACUCCCUUGAAAAAAUGUCAGCAACAUGCAAGAAUUGGUGGGACCGAUAUGAAGAGUUUGUUGGAAUUAAUGAAGUUCGAGAGGCCCAGGGGAAAGUGACAGAGGCUGAAAAUGUCUUUAUGAUAGCUCGUGGGAUAGUACGAGAGGCUCGUGAAAAUGUAGAAGCCCAGCAGAUUAAACUGAAGGAAAUUCGAGACCGCUUAGACAGGGUCUCUCGGGAUGACACCCAGUAUUUGGAACUGGCUACUCUGGAACACAGGUUGCUGCAGGAGGAGAAGAGAUACCGAGCUGCGUAUUUAAAUGCAGAAGAAUCUGAAAGAGAAAAAUUCUCUCUUUUCUCUGCAGCUGUAAGGGAAAGCCAUGAGAAGGAGCGAACACGAGCAGAAAAAACGAAGAACUGGUCUAUUAUUGGUUCUGUCCUGGGAGCCAUCAUAGGUGUUCUUGGUUCCACCUAUGUCAAUCGAGUAAGGCUGCAAGAAUUGAAAGUCUUGGUGCUAGAAGCACAGAAGGGCCCGAUAAAUUUGCAAGAAGCCAUCAGAGAACAGGCCUCCAGCCAUUACUUACAGCAGAAGGAGCUCAGUGACGUCAUAGCAGACCUGAAAAAUGUGCUACAAACAAGGACAUCACAGGAAAUAAAAGAAGGCGUUUUGUUAACUAGAGAAGAUAGGAACAACGCCAUAAAAAUAGAUUCUCUUUUAAUUCCUUUAAACGAACAGCUAAACUACACUAAACAAGUCAGUUCGUGUCUAGGCAGUUUACAACAGCAGUUUAACAGUCUGCAGGAAAGUAUAGCACAAAUGAUUUCCGAGAUGCAGAGUAUUAAAGUUGCAAUCCAUUCUACUUUUCCAAGGUCCUCGGUGGAGGGUAAGGGCGAGGCUUCUGCCGUGAGGGAUGUGAUUUUAGAAUUGUGUGAUACUGAGCGGAGACUGGAAACACAAAUCAAGAGAAAUUCUGUUUACAGCACUGCAGUGACAUGUGCUAUGUUUGCUAUUACUCUGCCAGUACUCUAUGUUAUACUUAAAGGAAACUGA